CUUCCGGUGAAGCCGGCGGCCGGGCGGGAGGCCGGGCGGGAGCAAGAUGGCGGCGUCCACGGCGGCCGGGAAGCAGCGCAUCCCCAAAGUGGCCAAGGUGAAGAACAAAGCCCCGGCCGAAGUGCAGAUCACCGCCGAGCAGCUGUUAAGGGAAGCUAAAGAACGAGAACUCGAGCUUCUCCCGCCACCCCCCCAGCAGAAGAUCACAGACGAAGAAGAAUUAAACGAUUACAAGCUAAGGAAGAGAAAGACUUUCGAAGAUAACAUACGGAAGAACAGAACCGUGAUCAGUAAUUGGAUAAAAUACGCACAAUGGGAAGAGAGCUUGAAGGAAAUACAAAGGGCCCGUUCCAUAUACGAGCGCGCCUUGGACGUGGACUACAGGAACAUCACCCUCUGGCUCAAAUAUGCAGAAAUGGAAAUGAAGAACCGCCAAGUGAAUCACGCUCGAAAUAUCUGGGAUCGGGCCAUUACGACUCUCCCCCGGGUCAACCAGUUCUGGUACAAGUACACGUACAUGGAGGAGAUGUUGGGGAACGUCGCCGGAGGCCGGCAGGUGUUCGAACGCUGGAUGGAGUGGCAGCCGGAAGAGCAGGCCUGGCAUUCCUACAUCAAUUUCGAGCUGCGGUACAAAGAGGUGGACCGGGCCCGCUCCAUCUACGAGCGCUUCGUCAUCGUGCACCCCGAUGUUAAGAACUGGAUCAAGUACGCUCGCUUCGAAGAGAAGCACAGCUAUUUUGCCCACGCGAGGAAAGUGUACGAGAGAGCCGUGGAGUUCUUUGGAACGGAGCACAUGGACGAACAUCUCUACGUGGCCUUUGCCAAGUUCGAAGAGAACCAGAAGGAAUUCGAAAGAGUCCGAGUGAUCUACAGAUACGCCCUGGAUAGGAUUUCAAAGCAGGAGGCCCAACAGCUCUUUAAAAACUACACGAUCUUCGAGAAGAAAUUUGGGGACCGGAGAGGUAUCGAAGACAUCAUCGUUAGCAAGCGGAGAUUCCAGUACGAAGAGGAAGUGAAGGCCAACCCCCACAACUACGACGCCUGGUUCGACUACCUGCGGCUGGUGGAGAGCGACGCCGAUCCGGAUACGGUCCGGGAGGUGUACGAGAGAGCCAUCGCCAACGUGCCCCCCAUCCAGGAGAAGCGGCACUGGAAGAGAUACGUCUACCUGUGGAUCAACUACGCGCUCUACGAAGAACUGGAAGCCAAGGAUCCAGAGAGGACCAGACAGGUGUACCAAGCUUGCGUGGAACUGGUUCCUCACAAAAAGUUUACGUUUGCCAAAAUAUGGCUGCUGUAUGCCCAGUUCGAAAUAAGACAGAAAAACCUGCCGUACGCGAGAAGAGCUCUGGGGACCUCUAUAGGCAAAUGUCCGAAGAACAAAUUAUUUAAAGGCUACAUUGAACUGGAGCUGCAGCUGCGGGAGUUUGACCGCUGCCGGAAGCUCUACGAGAAGUUCCUGGAAUUCACUCCGGAGAACUGCACGUCGUGGAUCAAAUUCGCGGAGCUGGAGACCAUCCUCGGCGAUAUCGAGAGAGCCCGGGCAAUAUACGAACUGGCCAUCAGCCAGCCGCGAUUAGACAUGCCCGAGGUGCUGUGGAAAUCGUACAUCGAUUUCGAAAUCGAGCAAGAGGAGUCGGAAAAGACGAGGCACCUCUACCGGAGGCUACUGCAGCGGACCCAGCACGUCAAGGUCUGGAUCAGUUUUGCUCAGUUUGAGCUGUCAGCAGGCAAAGAGGAGAGUUUGGCAAAAUGCAGACAGAUCUACGAAGAGGCCAACAAGACGAUGAGGAACUGUGAAGAAAAAGAGGAAAGACUUAUGUUGCUCGAAUCCUGGCAGAGCUUCGAAGAUGAAUUUGGAACGGAGUCCGGUAAAGAGCGGGUGCACAAGCUCAUGCCGGAGAAAGUCAAGAAGAGGAGAAAAGUUCAGGCCGAAGAUGGGUCGGAAGCCGGGUGGGAGGAGUAUUACGAUUACAUCUUCCCCGAAGACGCGGCCAACCAGCCCAACCUCAAACUGCUCGCUAUGGCCAAGCUGUGGAAGAAACAGCAGCAAGAGAAAGACGCCGCCGAGAAGGACCCGGACGAGGACCCCGAGGAGAGCGGCGACCGUGUAUACGACAGCGUUCACCUAAGCCAGGGCGAGUGGUCUUUCGGGGACCCUACGGCUCCCAAACUUUAAAACCCAACCGUCUGAGACGCCAGACCUUCUCCCCCCCCCCCAACCACCCGGGGCUCCCGACAGCCGGCGGAAGAGCUGUCGGAACCCUGGAAUCGCAGUGAGGGGGGUAAGAGAAACGCCUCUCUCCAGCGGCCGCACAGGUUCAGGUCACCCGGCGGUCGCGGGCUCUCCCUGUCCUGCCGUAACGCCCCGUUCCGAGCCGGGGACCGAAUUGUUGUCUACUGGAUUUUCCCUGAAACCGCUACCUCGCGUCCCCCAGCCACGGGAUUUUAAAAGCGUGCCUGAAGCGAUACGCGAGGCCGGCACGUGGCCGGACCCCCCCCCGGUCGCGACUACUCGAUAUCCCCCCGGCCCCGACCACAUUCCCGUCGUAACCCGUUAAAGGGCUCGCCUCCAGAUACCUCUGGUAGAGCCCGACUCUUGCUAAAAAUUCUCCGCUGAACAGCCGGUUCCUUCCGAGGCCUAGCGCGAGCUGUGCAAAACUGCGUUCGCUUGACUUUAGCCGCCCCCCCCCCCCCCCGUCGCUCUGGGGCCCCGAUGCGUUUCUGGAAUCAGCCCAGUCACUGGGAGCCUUAGAGCGACGAGAGCGUGUCGGUGUCCUCUAUGCAUUGUUUUUCCUAUAUGUUUUUCAACUUUGGCAAAGGAUACUUCAGAUGGUUGAACGGAUUUGUAAUUAAAGCUACGAAAUGCUAUCGUA